AUGGCGCGGGCAGGACGGGUCAGUGCCGGGGCCAGCAGAGUCCCCAGCGGGGUAAUCCCGGUAAGCGGCUCCGGGCUCAGCGGGGAGCGCGGCCCCGUCACCUUCGCGGCUCGCCCCGGUCACCGGCGGCACCGGCGCGGGGAGCACCACGGGCCCCGCCCGCGGCCACCAGGGGGCGCUGCCCGGCCGUGCCCCCCCCCGGUCCAGCCCCGACCCCCCCCGGGCCCCCCCGGGUGCGUGGGACGGGACCCCCGAGCGUGUGUGGGCUCUGCCUCCCGCCUGGGCUCGGGGGUGUUCCCUCCACGCGUGUGCGGGCUGCAGGGGAUGAUCCGUGCGCGGGCCGUGCCCCCCCCGCGUGUGCGUGGGCUGGUGGCCGUGCCCCCCCCGCGUACCGAACCGCCGCCGCCGCCGGGGGAACGGGGGACGCGGAGCCGCCGGAGCCGCCGCCCCGCCUGGGUCCGCUCGGAGCCCCCCGGAGGCUGCGUGUGGCAAACCUGA